AUGAAAAUGUCCGCUUCCGCUGCGGCCGCCUCCCCCGCCCUCCGUUUCUCCGACGCCACUCCACCACUAGCUCCUCUCCGCCGACCGCUCCGCCGGCGGCUCCCGUCCGUCCGGUGCUCCCUCGCCGCCGCCCCCGGUGUCCGGGCGCUACCGGAGCUCGUCGGCUCCAUCCUCUCCAAGGUGAAGGGAACUGACCGAGGAGUGUUGCUGGCUAAAGAUGGGCACCAGGAAGUGGCUGAUGUCGCGCUGGAGCUGGGGAAGUACUGCAUAGACGAACCCGUCAAGUCCCCGCUUAUAUUUGGAGAAUGGGAGGUUGUAUACUGCUCGGUGCCAACCUCGCCAGGAGGGAUUUACCGGACGCCUCUCGGCCGCCUGAUAUUCAAAACUGAUGAGAUGAUUCAGGUGGUGGAAGCACCUGACAUAGUCAGGAACAAGGUGUUAUUCUCCGUCUUUGGCCUAGAGGGUGCAGUAUCAUUGAAAGGUAAGCUGAAUGUGCUUGACAGUAAAUGGAUUCAGGUCAUAUUUGAAGCCCCAGAACUGAAGGUAGGCUCCUUGGGGUUUCAAUACGGUGGCGAGAGUGAAGUCAAGCUGGAGAUCACUUAUGUCGACGAGAAGAUCAGGCUGGGAAAAGGAUCCAGAGGCUCGCUCUUCGUCUUCCUUAGACGAUGA